AUGACGACACGCUUGGAUAUAACAGAGUUAAGCCUUCGACGGCUCUGGAUACUCGCCCUUGGCUUGUUCAGCCUUGUAGCGGCCGAACCAAAAGUUAUCACCCUUCCGUUCUCACGAAGCGAACGCCACAUACUGGAAAAGAGAAAGUACGCAGGUGCAUUGCUGGGAAAUGACAUAUUGGAUGGAAAAGGGCUAUACUGGGUGAAUGCAAGCGUCGGAACACCGCUGCAACCAGUCCAACUGCAAGUGGACACGGGUAGCAGUGAUGUCUGGAUGUUUGGGCCCCAGUCCUGUGACUUAAACACGUCCCCUUGUCUUGGUAACGCUUAUGAUCCUACGCUGUCAUCCACAUCCAAAAUACUCGGCAAAGGCGGGUUUAGCAUUCAGUAUGUCACGCCGGGCUCGGGUGUCAACGGCGAUUAUGUCGGUGACAACUUUGGCUUUGGGUCAAUUACUGUCCAGGGUCUUACUAUGGGUGUCGCCCGGCAAGCACAAAAUAUUUUUACGGGUAUUAUGGGGAUCGGGUUCGCUGCGGGCGAGUCGAUUGUCAGCCAGGGCCAAAAGCCUUACAAGAACAUUAUCGAUAUGCUGGUUGAACAAGAAUUAAUUCACACCCGGGCGUACAGUCUCUGGCUAAACGAUUUGAAGGCCAAUUUUGGCGGUAUCAUGUUCGGUGGUUACGAUACGGGCAAAUUCAUCGGCGAUUUGAUCGCGCUGCCUAUCCAGCCAGACGCUCAGACCGGCGGCAUUACUUCCAUGACGGUUGCCUGGACCUCACUCUCACUCACCGACCCCAAGCAGGGCACACAGUCCCUUACGGCAGAGAAUUUUAUCGCACCAGCCAUUCUGGAUUCCGGCACGGCGCUCACCUAUAUCCCCCCAGAAUUAUAUCAACAGCUCGCCGCAUUUGCGCAAGUGGUUGAGGUUCCAGGUUCUAACCUUGGCGCUGUUGACUGUGAACAAAUGCGGUCUUAUAAAAGAACUUUAGACUACGGUUUUGGUGGCCCCGGUGGUCCUGUGAUCCGUGUGCCAUUUUUCGAGCUCGCUGUCCCAUGGUUGGAUGAUAAUGACGCAUGCGUCUUCGGCGUCGUGCCAAUCACGGACGGUUCCCCGAUCUUGUUCGGCGACACCUUCCUGCGCUCAGCAUAUGUCGUAUAUGACUUGGAUAAGCAACAGAUCGCUAUUGCCCCUACGCGGUACAAUAGUGAGGAUACCAACAUUGUUGAGAUCGGCGGCAAGACCGGCUCCUCGUCACCCAACUGGAAGACGGCCGGCAGUAAUGCCGCAAAGGUCACCCAGACAGCGACUGGCUUGCAGGCGCCCGGCGGCGGACUAUCCCCAGCGACGAUGACAGCACCAACCGGAUGGGUUUUUUCUCAGACAGCCACCCCGUUCCACCUUCCUGGGAAAGGUGGCUCGUCAUCUGGUGCUCAAGGUUCGCCUUCUCCAUCUAAUGGAACUGCGUCGUCUUCUGUCAGGGGUGUUGUGCCUGGGGCCUUGGCGAGUAUUGCAGUGGCCUCAUUGUGCAUGGCUAUGGGGACAAUGCUUAUAGUACUGCAAUGA